CUUCACUGGAUGAUAGUUGUCUGAUUAGUUUAUUUUAUUGCCGCCUACUCAAUUUGGCAAAGCUGCUAUAAUUGUUAUGGCAUCAAAACUACUAUUUUUAAAUGUCGUUGUUGUGUUUUGAAUGUCGGUGUAAUUUCUGCUCUUUUGUCGUCUUAAAGCGAGGCGGUAAGAGUUGAACACAGCUAGCAAGUUAGCUAGCCGGCUAAGGAAGUUAGCCAAACAUUUAGCUGUCGAACCGCGUCAGCUCUCGGAGGACAUCGCUAUUUUCUCCCGCAUUUCGAGCCUCGUCGUCGGCUUUUGCAACCGUCCAUUGCCGCGGGAAGCCACCAAUUAGAAGCACUUGCAAAAAGAUUCAAAGUUAAAUCUCCCGUGUUGUAUCGUAAGAAGAUGUUUGUUUCCAAUCUGCCGCCGUUUUUAUGAGGCGGUGCUGCUUCUUUUUUUGGACAAAGAAAGCCGAGCGGGCUUUCUGUCGCCUUUCGCCGGAUUAUCUUGUUGUUCGGGCGGAUGGCGCCACAGAGGCACGGCUCCUCGGUUGGGAGCCAGCCGGUGGCUUCUGGUGCCGCCGGGAGAGCGGACGGACUGUACUCGUCCUCCGAGGGAAAAAAGGCCAACAUGCAGCUCUUUCAAGCCGACCACGAGUUGUUCCUGCAGGCCUUCGAGAAGCCCACCCAAAUCUACAGGUUCCUCCGCACCAGAAACUUGAUAGCUCCCAUAUUCCUGCACAGGACCCUCACCUACUUGUCCCACAGAAACUCCAGGAAGAACAGCAAGAGGAAAAGCUCAAAGGUGGACAAUCUGCUCUUCCAAGUGGAAAAGAUGCGAGGCGAACAGGAGCUGAACAGUUUGGCAUCAAACCUGCACCUCACCUUCAGCGGCUUCUUCCACAAAGCUGGGAAACCGUCUCAGGACUGCGAGAACGAGCAGAGCUCCGUCUCUCUGGAGGUUCUGCUGGUCAAAGUCUGCCACAAGAAGAGGAAGGACGUCAGCUGUCCAGUCAAGCAGGUUCCGGCCGGCAAGAAGCAGGUCCCUCUCAACCCAGACACCAGUUCUAGCCCGGCCAAACCCGGAAGCUUGCCCACCCUGCUGGUCCCGAGCAGUGAGUUUGAAGCCAGCAACUCUCACAUCUUCAAGUCCUACUCGCUGCUCUUCAGAGUGUCCCGGCCUGCGUACUCCUGCUCGUCCAUUAAAGCAGAGUCCCACCACACAGAGUUGACCGAGGAAGUGACGCACAGGAAGAGGCGGAGCUCCCCUCUGAGGGAGGAUGGAGAAAGCACGCUGGUGGCUCAGAUGACGGUCUUCGAUAAAAACAGACGUCUGCAGCUGUUGGACGGCGAGUAUGAGGUGUCCAUGCAAGAGAUGGACGAGUGUCCUGUCAACAACAAGAGGGUCACCUGGGAGACCAUCCUGGAUGGAAAGCACCUGCCGGCGUUAGAGACCUUCUCUCAGGGCCCCACGCUGCACUUCACCCUGCGUUGGACCACCGACGCCUCCGAGCGCUCCACCGCACCCGUCGCCAAGCCUCUGGCCACCCGGAACUCCGACGCCAACCAGGAGAGCAGGGCCGCCACGCAGCGGGCCGCGCACGCCCCCGCGCUCAAAGAAUCCGUCAGUGACAAAGUUCAAACCAGGAGAGAUCACAUCGCAGCAGAACCACUGCAGAAACUCAGGAUCUUCUACCAGUUCCAGUACAAAAACAACACUCGUCAGCAGACGGAGGCCCGGGACGACCUUCACUGUCCUUGGUGCACACUGAACUGCAGGAAGCUCUACAGUCUCCUCAAACACCUCAAGCUGUCCCACUCGCGCUUCGUAUUCAACUACGUGCCUCACCCUAAAGGAGCAAAGGUGGAGGUGUCCAUCAACGAGUGUUAUGAUGGCUCCUACUCUGGGAACCCUCAGGACGUCCACAACCAGCCGGGCUUCGCCUUCAGCAGGAACGGGCCCGUCAAGAGGGCAGCGGUGUCGCACGUCCUCGUCUGCAGGCCCAAACGGACUGAGCCGAGUCUGUCGGAGUUCUUGGAGUGGGAGGAUGGCGAGCGGGAGCGGCAGGGGACGUCCAUCAGCGGACACAACCGCCUCUACUUCCACAGCGACAGCUGCGUGCCGCUGCGGCCUCAGGAAAUGGAAGUGGACAGCGAGGACGAGCCAGACCCCGACUGGCUGAAGGAAAAGACGGUCAAGCAAAUCGAGGAUUUCACAGACGUGAACGAAGGCGAGCAAGAGAUCAUGAAGCUGUGGAACCUUCAUGUCAUGAAACACGGCUUCAUCGCCGACCACCAGAUGAACGAGGCCUGCCUGCUCUUCACCGAGCUGCACAGCGCGCACAUCAUCGAGCGCAAGCUGUGUCGCAACUUCCUGCUGCACCUGGUCAGCAUGCACGACUUCAGCCUGGUCACCACGCUCACCAUCGACCGCGCCAUGGCCCGACUCCGCCUCCUGCAGAACCACCGGGCCAGCGAGGACCACCACCACGAGGACGAGGAGGAGGAGGACGUGUGGGAGACAGCUGUGGAGUCUCACUCUGAGCUGGACAUGGACCAUGAACCCACCUGCAGGUCUGCAAUAAAGUGACCAUGUCAGCACAAACAACUUGUGGACCACCACAAACGUCCCGCUCUUUCCUUUCACUUCUUUCUUUCUUUCUUUCUAUCUGCUGAACUGAAGCAGUAUUCUUUGGAUACAACACAUGUCUCGUUUAAAAAGGACAUUCCAGUCAAAGAACUCUCUGGACCAGCGGCUAGGAAAUUCCCUUGGAAAGUGUUAGAAAAAGUGCCUUAACGCUGCAUUCUUCCCGGAGGCCAGCAGGGGGCAGCCUCACUGUUUGAAAACAAAGGUGCUGAUAAAUAGAAGUGUCACAAAGUAAUGAGUUUUUUUCCUUCAAGAGUUCCUGAUGUGCAACAUUAGUUUCUGGUUCUUUAUGGUUUUUGUUUGUUGCGUCAUACGAAAAACUACACAAAGCCGGUGUGGUGUACGGCGGGUGCUUCUUGUGAUUGACGCUUACGACCAAGUAUUAUUGCUUGUAAAACAUGUUCAAGAUUUGAGUUGUGACGUCACGCGGGUGCGAUCACUUUAUUAGGAUGUUCCCAAGCAUGAAGAAAUGUGUGCUCAGCACUUUUUGGUUUGCCCAAACUCCCAUCUUUGGGUUCCUCCGCGCGAGACCAGCAGGAGUUUUUGCACAAGUUGUCAGGAGCGGCGUAAAGCAAUAAUGUCGAAGCAGCCAGAUGUCAACUUCCAAUGGUUUUCCAGUAAAAGAGCACACGUG